AUUUGUGUGAAGCAAACAAGGAAGUAGCGCCACACAUUUGCUCGCCUCAUUCGAUUCUCUCUCAACUGUCCGCCUCACUCUGCUAAGCUGUUGAUGCCGUAGCGGUAAGCUCUGCUUUCCCCUUGGUCGCUCCAUUGACAUUAUCGACUCUCUCACCUUAGAGAUUCCUUCACGCCUUUGCAUGCAUGUACGUUAGCGAUUCACUUCCACCCAAUUUCUGGUCCAUACGGGUAUACUAGUCGAUUUUUGUCGUUGGUUUUCUUGAUAAGUUUUGAAACUAUCCAUCGUUUUUUUUGUCAAUUCUCACAAUCUUUGCCUAUUGGAUUGUUUGUGGCUAUAAAUUAUGGCUUCUGCAAUGCUAAAUGGAGCUGAAAGCCUCAAACUCACCAGAGGAUUGGUUCCGAAUGGAUUGGGUUUUUCGGGUUCGAAUCUCCAUGGGAAGACUUUACCCAAAUUAGGUCUAGUUUCCAGUUUUAGGUGUUCCAAGGUCGUGUCCAUGGCGCCCAAGUGUAAUCUUUCUGCUUCGCGGCCAGUUUCUCAGCUUAGGUUCAUUCAGCACAAGAAAGAGGCCUUCUGGUUCUAUAGGUUCCUGUCGAUUGUGUACGACCAUAUCAUAAACCCUGGGCAUUGGACUGAGGAUAUGAGGGAUGAAGCUCUUGAGCCUGCAGAUCUCCACAAUAGGAAUAUGAUUGUGGUGGAUGUUGGUGGUGGUACUGGUUUUACCACUUUGGGGAUAGUGAAGCACGUGGACGCCAAAAAUGUAACCAUUCUGGACCAAUCGCCUCAUCAGCUAGCUAAGGCUAAGCAGAAAGAGCCCUUGAAAGACUGCAAAAUUAUUGAAGGGGAUGCUGAGGAUCUUCCAUUUCGUACUGAUUAUGCAGAUAGAUAUGUAUCUGCUGGAAGUAUUGAAUACUGGCCAGAUCCACAGCGUGGCAUCAAAGAAGCAUACAGGGUUCUCAAACUUGGAGGAAAAGCAUGUUUAAUUGGUCCAGUGUACCCAACAUUUUGGCUGUCUCGCUUCUUUGCAGAUGUGUGGAUGCUUUUCCCAAAGGAAGAAGAGUAUAUUCAGUGGUUCACAAAUGCUGGAUUUAAGGACGUCCAAUUGAAAAGGAUUGGUCCAAAAUGGUACCGAGGAGUUCGUCGCCAUGGUCUAAUCAUGGGAUGUUCCGUGACUGGUGUGAAACCUUAUUCUGGUGACUCUCCUUUGCAGCUUGGUCCCAAGGAAGAGGAUGUAUCGAAACCUGUAAACCCGUUCGUGUUUCUUGCUCGCUUCCUUCUGGGAGCCAUGGCAUCUACAUACUAUGUGCUGGUUCCCAUAUACAUGUGGAUCAAAGAUCAGAUUGUUCCAAAAGGUCAACCAAUCUGAGUUCGAAAGAGGGGUUGAAGCUGAUAUUCUACUCUUGCACAUGCAAUUUUAGUUUGCAAGUUGUGUAGUACUGUUUGUUUCUUGCUGUUGUCCUUUCUACUUUGACAAUAAAUUUGAAUACCCAUCAGAAAUGUGUAUGAUUUUGAUUGGAACUUUUGCAGGGAUCAGAAAACUUCCUUGGAA